AUCUCAACUCCUUGUGUCAUUUCACCUUUCCCUCCUUCCCAUCGACAGAUCUUCAGGAGAUACCAAGAUGCCACCCGUCUGAUCGGGAAACGGAUAGCUGUGGGGACACGGAAGCCUACAUCUCCUCCUCCCUGACGGAAGAUGAUGUAUAGGCCAGUAAGACUGGACGCAAGAAGGAAGACUCUGGAGCCAUGGAUGACAGCUCUCAUCGUGGCGAUAGUCCUGGUCAUCAUAGCCUUGGUCAUCGGUCUCCUCAUUUAUUUUCUCAUCUUCCAUGCAAGAUUGGAGUACUAUCGUGGGAUCUUUGAAAUAUAUAGUGUCCAAGUCAACGGUAAAAAUGAAAUGACAUCAUCCUACCAGAAUAGUGACCUGCGAGGAAUGAGUGAGACUUUAGUGGAUGAGAUAUUUCUGGAAUCGCCCUUGAGCAAACAGUAUGUGAGGAAUCGAGUGAUCAGACUAACCCGAGAGCGAGGUGGCGUCAAAGCUGAUGUCGUCUUGGUGUUCCGCUUCACCAAUACCGAACCGAGAGCCGUCAGAGUCAUGAAAAUUCAAAACAUUCUAUUUCAGAAGAUGAAAAGAGACACGAGAUCUUUGAAUAUAAACCCUUCUUCUGUCCACGUCAAUGCUUUGACUUCAUCAUCAGGCUCACUCACUGUCCAGGCUUCUUGUGGCAAACGAUUGGUCCCGCUAACGCUCGGCAGGAUAAUAAACCCAGAGUUUGCGGUAAAGAACAACUGGCCCUGGCAAGCCACCCUCCAGCGAGACAGAGUGCACCAGUGUGGCGCCACCCUGAUCAGCAACACGUGGCUCGUGACGGCAGCGCACUGCUUCAACACAGUGAGCGAUCCCCGCCGGUGGACCGUGAGCUUCGGGAUGACCAUUCAACCCGCGCUGAUGAGAAGGAACGUACGGAGAAUCAUCGUCCACGAAAGCUAUCGCUGGCCCAGGCAUGAAUACGACAUAGCCGUGGUUCAGAUCUCCCCCGGCGUCACCUUCACGGAGGAAGUCCGCCGGAUCUGUCUCCCAGAAGCCUCUGAGAACUUCCCACCUAAUUCGACUGUCUACAUCACGGGAUUCGGAGCCCUUUACUAUGGGGGGGAAUCCCAAAAUGACCUCCGAGAAGCCAAAGUGAAAAUCAUCAGCGAUGAAGUCUGCAGGCAACCUUACGUCUACGGCAAUGAAAUCACGUUUGGAAUGUUUUGCGCCGGAUUCUUGGAAGGCACUUUUGACGCCUGCAGGGGUGACUCUGGAGGGCCUCUAGUUGUAAAAGACUCUAAAGACACCUGGUAUCUCAUCGGGAUCAUCAGCUGGGGAGAUAACUGCGGCCAAGUCAACAAACCUGGCGUCUAUACCCAAGUGACUUACUAUCGCAACUGGAUCAAUUUAAAAACCGGCCUCUAGUUCCUCGGAGGAGCCCAAAACAAAAAGAUCCUCUCAUAAAUGUAACCGAAUUUAAUAGGAAAACCGCAAUUAUCAUGAACAUCUGCUGGACUCGGUGUCGUUCUCAAGCUCGUGCUUCUCGAUACUAACGGAAGGACCGGACUCUUAACUGCUGUAGCAAGUUUUGUAUAUUGUUCGUACGUUUGUCUCGUUUCGCGCUGCUAGAUUGUAAGCUCCCCGAGGGCAGGAAUCAUUUCAGUUUGUGAACGUGUGGUGGUGAUGAUAUCACGAUCUGCCCCAUCUCUCAAGCUGGCAAUCUUGGGGUUAUCUUAGACUCCUCUCUCUCCUCUCUGUAUUUCAGCCCCUGUAUUCUGUCUGUCCCCAAAACCCGGUGGCCUUUCUCCACUUCAUCUCCAGAAUCCACCCCUUCCUCUUCAGUCAAACUGUCAGCACGCUGAUCUAAACACUCUUCAUAUCCCAGCAUCAGCCCUGUGGCUGACCUUCCUGACUCCUGUCUCUUUCCUCUCGAGCCUAGGCUUCAACCUAUUGCCCAGAUGCCCUAGUGUAUUGUUCUGUGCAGUUCUUUCCCCCUCCUCAAAAGCCUCCUUCGCCUUUCACCUUGAGCAGAAACUUCUGACAACUCAUCAGAAGCAGC